GUUGGGGGUGUUUGGAUUGGGCAGCGAGGAGGAGUUUGCAGGCGGUUGCUGGUGCGGCGUGGGCCCGGUUAGCAUGCGGGUCGCACGGCCCGCGGACGCCAUCAGGGAGCCUGGAAGCAUGGGCCGCGCGUGGCUCCGCUGCGUCUGGAGGGGGACGCCGAGGACGGCAGGCCCGUCAGCUCGCUGCUGGGGGGCACAAGGUGGAUGUGCCGGGAGAACCCCAGGGAGCGCGAGUGGAGAGACUGGCGGGGUCCUCGCCUUGAUGGCUGGCGACUCCUGCGGGCUGGAGCGCGGCUUCCCUGCAGUCUGUCUGUGAGAAAUGUCUUCAGCGCGGGAUCGUGGGGCCCUGUGGACCACGGCGGUGCUCUCUGACCUGGUGCAGUGGUGCCCACCCCGCAGUGUGUCCCGAGGGCCGCUGGCCCUGGCGGGGAGGCCAACGGUCCUCGCCGAGGACCCCACACGCCCACAGGGGCUCACGGUCAGCCUCCCGGCGCUCAACAAAAACCGUGCGGAGCUUGAGUCCUGCGGGGAUGCCGGGAGGACGGGCGUGCGCCCCUCCCUCCUCCUCCGUGUGACAGCAAGCAACCCAGACCCGGUCUGAAUCUCCACGGAGCCACUCCGGCCCUGAGGUCGCCGGUGAUGGUGGAGACGUGAUCGCCGCACCCGGGGGACGCGCCCUGGUGAGCUGACUUGACCCUCGGAGCCGCGGCUGCAGGUCCGUUGCUGUUGUCACUCACGCCCUCCUGGGGGCAUCGGACCCCCGCGCACGGCGCCCGGGGCGUGAGCCCAGACGUCUGGCUCCCAGCCCUGGUGCCUACCCCAGGGGCAGGCAGGGACCGCGGUCUGGGCGGUCGUGCACUUCCGGCGACGGCGCGUGCCCGCGUUCAGUCCGCUGCCGCCGUGAUGAUGGCAUCCCGCUGGUGCCUGGCACUGUUGCAAGCGUGUGGACGCGUCACAGCCGGUGUGUUGUGCUCGGUUGUGUGAAGGAAAGCGGGAUGGGUGUCUGGGGACGGGAGAAUGUUUGGAAGGACUCCCAGCGAAGUGUGCAUGACGUCAUGUCUGGUGACGGGUUGCGGUCAGUUUCUCUUCUUUCUGCCUUUUGCAGAGUUUGCACAGCAAACGUGGGUUGUUACUCUUGUUUGAAAUAAAAGUCUCCAAUAUGCUGUGGCAUUUGUUAACGAAGGUGAGCGGAAGCUCCCAGGCGGGCAGGGAUCCUCGGACGAGUACGGGCUGCGUGCACCUCCGCCCCUGCAGGUUGUUUGCUCUCUGUCUCCGUUUGUCAUUUGUCGUUUAAUUCUGGGUGGUGUGGUGGAGUUUUGGGACAGACAGACAUUUUCUCUACUGCCUUGCUUUUUGGGAUUAGAAAGGUCUUUCCGUUCCAAGAGAAUAGGACUGUUGCAGUGGCAACUUCCCCUUUGUUUCUGGGGAGAAUAAUCAGCCCCGUGAAACCCACACCUCCUGCCCGGAGCCGGCUUCCGGGGGGCCGCGUGCGGGAAACAGCCCUCGAGGGUCAGUCUGUCUGGCCUUCAGUCUGGGGCUCAGCCUCGGAGGAGCGCUUGGCCUUGCCAGGUGCACGCGGCCCUGGAGCUCAUACAUAUCUCUGCUGGAAGCUUCUGUGUGGAUUGCGUCUGCCGCACGGCGGGUUUAAAGUCCAGAGUCAGACCCGCUUGUGCACCUUUGAAAAGCGCGGAAACCUACACGGCUCUCGUGGGAUGCAGAAGAGACAAAAACUUAAUUACGUAGGCAUUUUCUUUGGGCGCUUUAAAUGACCUUUAUGCACAUUCAAAUCUGGAAUCAAAUUUGAAUUCAUUUUAAUGCAAAUUUCUAACCAGUUGUCCUAAGGCCAUUGUUUAAUAAUGACUACUUCUUCUGAUCUCGUUUCGGAUGCUGCAUUUGACUGGGCUCAGCUCCGGACUCCCCGCACGCACACCGGGCCGGUCGCGCCUUCCUCACGGCCUCCCUGCUCGGAAGGGCAGAGCCCCACGCCUCCUUUGUUUUGUCCAGAACUCUUGAACGUUAAAGUUUAGGCCCCUAAUCGUCAGCUCAUGACCUACUGGCUGCAGGAGCUCCAGCAGAGGCGGUGGGAGUACUGCAGCAGUCUGGACAUGGUGAAGUGGGACAGCAGGGCCUCCCCGACCCCAGGGGAUUGCUCUAAGGGUCUCGUAGCCAAAGAUAACUCAGGUGUCAUUUGCUCACAUCCGGAUGCUUCUGCAGAGAAAGCCAGGAACGUCCUCGCUGUGGAAGCCACCCCCGGAGAGCUGGUAGGAGAGGCAGCAGCUCACCAGCCGGCCCCUGGGCACCCAAAUUCCAUUAAUUUCUCUUUCAAACAGUGGGGAACUGAGCUCAAAAAUUCAAUGUCAUCUUUCCGUCCUGGGAGAGGACAUGGCGACAGUCGGAAGAGUGUGUUUUAUACCAAUGAAGAGUGGGAGCUCUUAGACCCAAACCCUAAGGACCUGGAGGAGUCCAUGGUGCAGGAGGAGAGGAAGAAGCCGGCCCCCGAAGGAAACAAAGGAGUAACUGGCUCAGGAUUUCCCUUUGAUUUUGGACGUAUUCCCUACAAAGGAAAGCGCCCUUUGAAAGACAUGAUCGGAUCAUACAAAAACCGCCACGUCAGCGGUGACCCUUCGGCGGAGGGGGCACAGAGUGCUGGCGCCGUCAGCAAGCCCGCGUCCGAGAUGCAGCUGCAGGUCCAGAGCCAGCAGGAAGAGCUGGACCGGCUGAAGAAAGACCUGUCCAGCCAGAAGGAGUUGGUACGGUUACUGCAACACACGGUCCGGUCCUCCCAGUACGACAAGUACUUCGCCAGCAGCCGGCUGUCUGCGGGUGUCCCGAAGGACACGCUUGACCUUCUGCACCGCAAGGACGACCAGAUCCUGGGCCUCAGCGGCCAGCUGGAGCGGCUCUCCCUGGAGCGAGAGAGUCUGCAGCAGGAAGCCAGGACGCUCAAGAGCAAGGUGGGCGAGCUCAGUGAGCAGCUGGGGAUGCUGGUGGAGACCAUCCAGGCCAAGGACGAGGUCAUCAUCAAGCUCUCGCGCCAGCUCAGCGAGGGCGCGGACCACACACCCUCUGCCGCAGGGGUGCCCGGCUCCCCCACGCCCCCCAGCAGGGAGCACCUAGAGCUGGACAGGCUGAAAGAUAACCUACAGGGGUAUAAAACCCAGAAUAAGUUUCUAAAUAAGGAGAUUUUGGAGCUCUCAGCACUGCGGAGAAACGCGGAAAGGAGGGAGCGGGAUCUGAUGGCCAAGUAUUCCAGCCUAGAGGCCAAGUUGUGCCAGAUAGAAAGCAAGUACCUGAUCCUGCUGCAAGAGAUGAAGACGCCGGUUUGCUCGGAAGAACAGGGGCCUUCUCGUGACGUCAUAGCUCAGCUGCUGGAGGACGCCCUGCAGGUCGAGGGCCCGGAGCAGGCGUUCGUGAAGCCUCAUCUUGUCAGUGAGUAUGAUAUCUACGGAUUUAGGACCGUCCCAGAGGAUGACGAGGAGGAGAAGCUGGUGGCCAAGGUCCGAGCGCUGGACCUGAAGACCCUGUAUCUCACAGAAAACCAGGAGGUGUCCACCGGCGUCAAGUGGGAAAACUACUUUGCGAGCACGAUGAACAGAGAGAUGGUGUGCUCCCCGGAGCUGAAGAACCUGAUCCGGGCAGGCAUCCCCCAUGAGCACCGUUCCAAGGUGUGGAAAUGGUGCGUGGACCUCCACACCAGGAAGUUCAAGGACAGCACCGAGCCUGGGUACUUCCAGACGCUGCUCCGGAAGGCGCUGGAGAAACAGAACCCGGCCUCCAAGCAGAUCGAGCUGGACCUGUUGCGGACUCUGCCCACCAACAAGCAUUACUCCUGCCCCACCUCAGAGGGCAUCCAGAAGCUCCGCAACGUCCUGCUGGCCUUCUCCUGGAGGAACCCGGAUAUCGGCUACUGCCAGGGUCUGAACAGGUUGGUGGCGGUGGCUCUUCUGUACCUGGAGCAGGAAGACGCUUUCUGGUGUCUCGUUACCAUAGUGGAGGUGUUCAUGCCGCGAGACUAUUACACAAAGACGCUGCUGGGGUCCCAGGUGGACCAGCGGGUGUUCAGAGACCUCAUGAGCGAGAAGCUGCCUCGGCUGCACACGCAUCUGGAACAGUACGGCGUCGACUACACCCUGAUCACGUUCAACUGGUUUCUGGUGGUGUUUGUGGACAGCGUCGUCAGCGACAUCCUCUUCAAGAUCUGGGACUCUUUCCUUUACGAGGGACCAAAGGUCAUUUUCCGGUUUGCCCUGGCGCUUUUCAAAUACAAGGAGGAGGAGAUCCUGAAGCUGCAGGACUCGAUGUCCAUAUUCAAGUAUCUCCGCUACUUCACUCGCACGAUCCUCGACGCCAGGAAGCUGAUCAGUAUCUCCUUCGGGGACCUGAACCCAUUCCCCCUGCGUCAGAUCCGGAACCGGCGUGCCUACCACUUGGAGAAGGUGCGGCUGGAGCUGACAGAGCUGGAGGCCAUCCGGGAGGACUUCCUGCGUGAGCGGGACACCAGCCCCGAUAAGGGCGAGCUGGUCAGCGAUGAAGAGGAGGACACCUGAGUGCCCCCCACCCCAUGACACUGCUCUUGUCUUCACAACCAAAGCAUGCCAAAAGGAUACACAGCAGAGGGGCCUCUGCUCAUCGGAAAGCCCGAAUGUAAUGCCCGUGGUCUCUGGAGGUCUGCUGGGCGGACGUCCAUGGCCACACUGCACUUCCUCAUUUCCACGCGGGCUGGGGUCUGCUCCGUGUACAGCCAUCUCCGGGCCGUGGUGGGCGGUGUCCGUGUCCCGUGUGACCCGUGCACCCCCAGGGGAACCGGCUGGCUGUUGUCGAGCCUGUUGACAGCAUCUGUCUGGGUUCUGUGGUUGGCUUGCACCCUGGCGUCUCCCCGUGACGCCCCCUAGCCAGAGCGUGGCUGCUUUGGGUGGCGUGAGGUGAGCGAAGCAAGUGCAUCUGUGUUCAGAAACAGCCUGGAGAAAUCCCACACCUUCCGUGCCAGGCGAACCACCGGCCGUGCCCCAUCUCUGGACUAGCUUGGGGGGCCUGGCCCUCCGGACACCCCACGCCCCCAGCCCACGCUCCGCCUGGCACGGCUCCGUGAGGUUCUGUGCUCUCGCCUCUCAGGGAGUGGCUUGUGGAAUCACUCUGCGUAGGGGUAGGAGUCCACAGAAGCUGUGGACCGCCGUCCUGUAAAGCAGGCCCACCUCGGGGGCAGGCCUUGGCGGAGACAGAGGCGGCUUCUGGGACGCCUUACGGGGCAGCGGGGCGAGUGCAGGGUGACGCUGUCAGCCAGGACUCCGGGGGCCUCCCCCACCUGCUGGGAUGGCGGGGAGGCCGGCUGCCAGUGCCUUUGCUUGGGACCCAGCUUUGGUGAGCUGUCCCAUUCAGGGUCCCUCCCCAGUGCUGCCCAGAGGCAUCCGCGUCCUGGCAGCCGGCCUCCCCCUCCCUGGGGUCAGCGUAGUCCUGGCUGUAGGGUCACCACCACCUCCAGCAGGUCAGGCUGCCCACGCCGUUCUGCGGACUGGGAGCGCUCUUUUUGAAGCUCUGCUGAGAGGCUUUGCGCAGGGAAGGUUGACUUUGCUUCAUCGCUCCGCGGACCAUCCCUGCUCCACGUGUGGAUGCAAGAGUUUCCUGGCACAGCGUUAUCCAAAUAGGAAAGAAACCAUUUCACACGGAAUUUUUACACUACCUGGAGAAAUUGGAAGUAACCCCCAGCUGAAACGUAUCAGACACAGCCCAAGCAUUGAAGGAGUCCCCUGAGGAAGUGCAUUUUCUAAGGACAGAUGUUCCGUCUCGGUCCGUGUUUAUCGGUGUCCCGGCUGGGUGGGUGUCCCCACAUACCACACCGCGUCAGCUUUCGUGUUGUGAGGUUGGUUAGCCUGAUCUUUCAGAUGGCAGACGCGGCGGGGGGGUGGAUGGCUGCUGGAGGUCGGCCUUAGCACGCGGCCCCACUGCCCUCCGCGGACCCCUCACCGGCUGGGGGACAGCAGUGAGGAGGCGCAGUAGGGUCAGGCUCUAGCUUCCAAGUUGACCUCCCCAGAACUGCCACAUCCUGGGGAGAAAAUGCUGCCUUUUGGAACAGGCUGGUUAUGUCAGUUUUGCCCCAAAAAGAUGUAUCUUAAAAGCACCUGGAUCGGGCCCAGGCGCCUGCUGGGUGUGGCUGGAGCCGUGGUUUCGGGGAGUGGCCAGCCGCGCCGUGUUGGUGUCCGCAGGCGGCUGUCCGUGCCCGGGCAGUGGCCGUGAGAGCAGGGCGGUCGUGGGGGGCGUGGACGGGGGGCACCUUCCCGGAGGCCGCCCUGUCUCUGGGCGUGCAGAGGGCGGCAGGGGUGCUUGGCCUGGCCCGGACUGGGCAGGGUGCCGAGCCGCAGGCCGUGCCCACGGCCAAGGGCAGCUACCAGCUCGCACGGGGACGGGUUUUGUGUCUUACGGGCUGAACAUCUGUUAAUACUUUUGUAUAUUUUUCACUACAGUUUAUAUUUUUAUAGACUAUUUUUAUCAAGGGUUUUUCAAUUAUGUACAUCUAUUUUAUAUAACGAGUUCUUUGUGCGCGGCUGUGUGUGAUCGCGAGAACUCGAGCGGCCUGGGUCGCUCCUGGCUCCCGGGCCAUCUGGGGCCCCCGGGCUUGCGUGCACCCGCAUGGCCUCCCGCGGCCUGUGGUCACGCGCGCCGCCGCCGUCCCACAGCAGCCAGGGCCCCCGGGGCUGGAACGAGUCUGCCUUCCUCCCACACUGUAUCCAUAUAGGAAGUAUUCUAGGCGAAUCGCCAGUGCAUUUUUUUUUUAAAUUGUUUGUAUUCUUGCACAGAUCCCCACCCUGGCUUUGUGCGGGGCUGUCCUCCUGCACGUGCCCUGGGCAGAUGGGCCCCACACGGGGCAGCCCCUGCAGGCGGGAGGCUGGCUGCCGCCUCGGGGGGCUGUGUGGGGGGCAGUGCCUGGUGACUUCCCCUGAUGUCACUGCGGCUUCUCGGCUUGAGUUAAAUUCUGGAACAGUCUUUAUACUAAAAAGCCAAAUAAACUACUAAUUUGUAUAAUGUUCUGGUUUGAGAUGCCGUUACAGUUGCUCACGACAGGGCUCACCCCCAGGGUUCAGAGGGGUACAGGACUUCGGUGGGGGGCUCCGAACUGCCAGCCAGCUCUUUUUAGGUCCACGUUCUUGGUUUGCCCUGGGGUGUGUGGGACAGGGUGCCU